AUGGGCGAAUCCCUUGUCGCAUUCGAAGCGCCGGGAGCUUUGACAGAGAGACGGCGCCCGCUGCUGUCAAGUGCCUUCGUGGGUCUGGCUGGUCUCUCCGUUCCUCAAAUGCACUCGUUCGACCUCGAGAUGGGGUGUGUACUUUCCUCGUCCUUCCUGCAACCUUCUGCGCGACUGAAAGGAGAAUCGCAUGUCUUUAUAUCCAACAUUCGAUUGCCUUUCAUCAUAAUCGUACGAUUCUGUGAAGUGCUCUCGUCGCUGCUGCUUGGCGCAUCUCCAUCCAAAGACGCAUCUCUGCCUUUCUUCCCUCAGGAGCGGUCCGAGACUCACUCGCCUACCAAUGCGUUGGAGGCUUUGCAACGACCUGCGUUUCAAGAAGUCGAGCUGCCCCCAUUGAUCACGGCCAAGCUUUUUGACACUCCACAAAACCCUACCGGAAUUGCCAGGAACAUUGCUCGCCUGCAGUACAAAGUACAUUUAAUCCCAGGAGUUAUCUGA